GACGGUAGUCCCGCAGAGUCAACCCAGCCGGUGUCCGGGAGCUCGGUAUGGCGAUCCCCGCGGCGUCCAUGGGGCCCUCGGCGCUGGGCCAGAGCGGUCCUGGCUCGAUGGCUCCCUGGUGCUCAGUGACCAGCGGCCCGACGCGCUACGUGCUCGGGAUGCAGGAGCUGUUCCGCGGCCACAGCAAGACGCGCGAGUUCCCGGCGCACAGCGCCAAGGUGCACUCGGUGGCCUGGAGCUGCGACGGGCGUCGCCUGGCCUCGGGGUCCUUCGACAAGACGGCCAGCGUCUUCCUGCUGGAGAAGGACCGGUUGGUCAAAGAAAACAAUUAUCGGGGACAUGGGGAUAGUGUGGACCAGCUCUGUUGGCAUCCAAGUAAUCCUGAUCUCUUUGUCACUGCAUCUGGAGACAAAACCAUUCGCAUCUGGGAUGUGAGGACUACAAAAUGCAUUGCCACUGUGAACACUAAAGGGGAGAACAUCAAUAUCUGCUGGAGUCCCGAUGGACAGACCAUUGCUGUAGGCAACAAGGAUGAUGUGGUGACGUUCAUUGAUGCCAAGACACACCGUUCCAAAGCGGAGGAGCAGUUCAAGUUUGAGGUCAAUGAAAUCUCCUGGAACAAUGACAAUAACAUGUUCUUCCUGACAAAUGGCAAUGGUUGUAUCAACAUACUCAGCUACCCAGAGCUGAAGCCUGUGCAGUCUAUCAACGCCCAUCCAUCCAACUGCAUCUGUAUCAAGUUUGACCCCAUGGGGAAGUAUUUUGCUACAGGAAGCGCAGAUGCUUUGGUCAGCCUCUGGGAUGUAGAUGAGUUAGUGUGUGUUAGGUGCUUUUCCAGGCUGGAUUGGCCUGUGAGGACCCUCAGUUUUAGCCAUGAUGGGAAAAUGCUGGCAUCGGCAUCGGAAGAUCAUUUCAUCGACAUUGCUGAAGUAGAGACAGCAACAAAACAGAACUUGAAAAUAGAAAAAUGAGAGGUGAGUAUUCAUUUUACAAAAGAAUUUCUCCAGAUUUAUUUUUUAACGUAGCUUUAUUGUUUUUGGAAAUACAUGAUACUUUAUUAAAAGAAUUCAAACUAUAUAGAAAACUUCAAAGAAAGUAAAAAGCUUGACAUUCCACGAUUUAAAGAGUGCCACUCUUGAUAACAUUUUGGUGAGCAUUGUCCAGCCAUCCAGACAUGCAGCUCCUUCCUGUCCCCUCGUGUUCAUGUGAUGCAGGCAUGCUCUUCUGCUGCUCCGGGGCCCUCCCUCCUCACCUGCAGGAUCUUACAGCUUCUUACAUGGUGAUGGCUGUUGAGCUCUACUGCUGUUUUUAAUGGGGUUUAGAAUUCCAUUGGUUAUACCAGUACAUACCUAAGCUGCCCCACUCUUAGAUGGCUUCUGGUCUUUACACCAUUAUAAAUGAUUCUUUGAUGAGUAUCAUUUUACUUAUGUAGUCAUCCUUUUGGGUAAACCACUGAAUUGGGAUUGCUGAGUCCAAACUGCUCACAUCUUGUCAGGAACCAAACUUCCUUACAGAAGGGUUAUUGCAGUGUUUACUCUCAGCAGCGACGCAUGCAUGGAGUUAAAGGCCGAAAGGGAAAUGGAAGGGGAGUAGCAGCCUCCGACACCAUUUUUUAUGUCUGUGUAACACAGAAAUUUGCUCAGACAUGUGGCUAUAGAUUGCCAGAUCCUAGCAUUAUGAAGAGCAGUUAACUGUCCCUGAAAUAGAUUACUUAAAGGAAAAAAACAACUAUAUACAAAGCAGAAACAGACUCACAGACAUAGAAAACACACUUAUGGUUUGCUAAAGGGGAAAGGGAGUCGGGGGAGGGAUAAAUUAGGAGUAUGGGAUUAACAGAUACAAACUACUCUAUGUAAGAUAAAUAAGCAACAUGGAUUCACUGUGUACUGCAGGGAACUAUAUUCAAUACCUUGUAAUAACCUGUAAUGGAAAGUGAUCUGAAAAAAAAAGAAAUGAAACAAAACAAAACUAAAUCACUUUGCUGUACAUGCUCGACACCUGAAACUAACACAGUAUUGUAAAUCAACUAUACUUCAAUAAAAAAAUCUUUUUCUUUAUACACAUACACACACGUAUAUAUGCAUAUGUGUGUGUAUAUAUAUAUAUAUAUAUAUAUAAAAACAGCUUUAUUCAAAUACAAUUCACAUACCAUAUAGUUGACGAGUUUGAAGUGUAUAAUUCAGUGUAUCAUGCAUUUUUAAAUCACCACACUGUGAACAUUUUACUACAUUAAUCUUAACUCUAAGGUUGAAAAAAAGUUAAGCAGGACUAAAAAAAAUGGCUUUGGAAAAAUUAUGUUUAAUUUCCACAAGUAGGAAGAAAACAUUUUUGGAAAAAGAAAUCUAUUUGCAAGUCAUUGUGGUUUAGUAGAAAGAUCUGUGGCUUUGGAAACAGGCUGACUUCCUGUUUCUUCCUGAAACUUCCUGAAACUCUGCUGUUUCCCUUUUUUUUUUCCCUGCUGCUUCCUUGAGGUGUGACUUAACUGUUCAGUCACCUGUUUCUUUAUAAAAUGGGGUUUAAAAUCAUUAAUUGCCUUGCUGGAUUGUCAUUAUACUUUAUUAAGAUAAAAGUAUAAUCCAUCUGAUUCAUAAGGGGUGCUCAACAAACAGCUGCUGUUGUUUUUUCAGGAAGGGUAGAAUUGGGUUCAGAGCACAAGCUCUUAAGUUAACUGGCCUGCGUUCACAUCCUGCUCUGCCACCCACUGCCUCAUGACCCCUCUGCGCCUCAGUGUUCUCUGCAAAAUAGGGUAGUAAUUGUACUUAUCCUAUAGGGUUAUUAAGCAGAUUAAAUGAUUUAAUGUAGGUAAGUACUUAAUGAGUAUGGUCUCUUAUUAUUAAUGUAUUGAUUGGUUUCUCUAUAUUGAUUU